AUGUUUUCAUAUAUCUCUUUCUCUUCCCCUGUUUCUUGCUAUAGUUUCAUCUCUCUUGCUCUUUCUUGUUUUAGUGAUAGGGAAUCUCUCUUCAAUUUUUUUAUAUCUCCCUGUUUCUUUUCCCGUUUUUUUGUCUUUCUCUCUUUCUAUCAGUUCCUCUCAAUUCUUCUUCCGUUUCAGUCACUAGGAAUUCUCUUUCACGUCUUUCAUCUCUCUCUCUGCUUCUUUCUCAUUACUUGUAAUUCACAAACCUUUCCAUCCCCUUUUGCUUAUUUAUCAUCUCAUCUUUUCCUCCUAUCCCCCCCUCUCUCUAUCAUCAAAACUCUAUCACUUUCUCUCAUCAUCCUUUCAUCUAUCCUUCUACCCUUUCUAUCACUCUUUGCAUCCUCCCCCUUUCUCUAUUUUCAUUUAAAAAUUUCUAUCACUUUUGGGAUCCUUUAUCAAAAUACCAUCAAUCAUCCUUUCCAAUAUUUUAUUAUCAUCAUUUCUAUCACUCCUAUCCUUCACCCCUCUUUAUAUAUCACUUUUCUAUUCUCUCUAUCCUCAAGACCAAUAUCCCUCUACCACCCUUUCUAUCGGUUAGAAUUAAAAACAGUUCUUUCAUCUUUCUCUCAUUCAUCUCACCCCUCUCUAUCAUUCAGUUCUGUUCUUCUAUCUAUCCUUCUUGGCUCUCUAGUGUCACCCCUCUCUUGA